AUGGUCGCUGCCAAGUCGAUGGAGAUGACGGGCGAGAUCCAACCAGGUUGGAUUGAGGCCUUCGCGGCUGAUAAGAAGUACCUGAGCAAAGCCCAAUUCGAUGUGAACGACCUCGACGGGGAUGGCAUCAAGGCCAAUGUGCUUGGGGCGUUGCCGCUGCUCGAGGCGCCCAUAGCGAUGCGUCCGCAUUACACGCCAGCUUGGGAGGCGCAGGUGCUGGAGAAAAAUCUCCUCGCAGAGAAGGAGUUCGAGCAAGAGACGGGCAUCGAAAUCGAUGACGACCUGGUGCGCGACUCUAACUCUGGUUGCGAGGUGGGCUGCGAGCUCCUCUCCAUGAUCUCGAAGAAGAACAAGGACCAAGACCGACCAGUCUUCGUUCCGAUUCGUAAUGGCAAGGUCAUCGAGGUCAACAUCCACGUCCAGCAGGGGAAGGGCCGCCAUGGCGGCAACAAGAAGGACCGGAAGAAGGAGCGCCGCAACAACGACCCAGUGGUAGCUGCGAAGAGGGCCGCUUUCGCGCUCGCUGCGGCGCAGGCCACUUCACCGCCAGCUCCUGCAGAAGCCGCGCAGCCCCGGCUCGCUCUUCCUGCGCCGCAGGCGACGGCGGCGACGCCCGCGGCGGCGCCGGCCGCUCCACCAGCCGCUCCGGCAAACGCCGCGCAGCCUUUCCUCCAAGCGCAGGCGCCCAGCGGCCCGCCGGGCGGGCCGGGCGGGCCGCCCGACGGCGGCGACCCGGGCGGCGACGAGCAGGACUGCGCCGCCAAGCAAGCAGACAAGGCCCUCCCGAAGCUCCUCUUCGGACUCCUCCUCUCCACGGACAGUUUCUUCAAUAAGGACAAGAAGCAGCUGGGCACGGUCCUCCUGCGGUACUCGCCGCAGUCCUCUGCCACCGCCGGCGGCUUCGCGCAGGGGUUCCGCCAGGGCAAUCUCGAGUGGGUCACUCUGACCGGCCUCGUGGAGAUGCGGGAGAAGGCGGCGCUGGAUCAGUACAUUAAACAGCAGCGCGAUGCCGAGAGGAGGGCGGUGGUCUGCUUCACGCGCGAGCUCCGCAAGCAGAAGGCCAAGUUUGCGGGCGAGGACGACGAGUGGGCAGCCAACGAGGUAGCCCGCAAGGCAGCCAACGAGACAGCCGACGAGGCAGCCAACGAGGCACCCCACCCGGAAGCCAACGGGGCAGCCGACGAGGCAGCCGACCAGGCAGCCAACGAGGCAGCCGACGAGGCAGCCAACCAGGCAACCGAAGAGGCAGCCAACAGGCGCCCAGUGAAAUGCUUGGUCGUGGCGGAGCCGCGGUGCUUCGCAAUGCGACACGGCGCCAAGCAUUGCGAGAACGGUUGCGACGAAGGGCGCGUGCACAAGUACUGGCGCGGGUACAUUGAGUCCCCUGCUGGGCACGGACAAGGCGGCUUCGUGAAGAAGCUUGAUGUUGGUUGUCCAGUGUCAGAGAUCUUCAUGGUGAACAAGUCCUUCGGCGUGCAUGCUCAGUGGGCGCAGCGGUGGGCCUACCGCCUGUACACGCACAGGGCGUCCUUCCUUGGAGAAGCCCAGAUCCUGCGGGCGUUGGAACCCGAAGUCGCCACGGAGACGUUGGAGCAAUCCUUGGAGUCCGCUUGGGUGCGGUACCAGUUGUGGCAGCGAUCUUCAGCGUGCGAGGGCGCGCGCGUUGCCCUGGCGGCUUCUGUGUUGGAGUUGCCCUUGGAGGACCUUCUGCAGAGCUGCGCUUCCUGGUACCGCCCUCUCAUGAAGGAGCGCCGACUCUGCGCGUGGCGGGCCAGUGGAGAUAGGCUGGACAUCGUCUGCGUUGACGGCAACGCGAAGCUGCACCGGCGUUCGUGCGGCGCGCCGUGCGCCGAGGCCGUGUACCACGAAGCCCUAGACUUGCACUUGGUGCGUGGUUGCCCUGAGUCGCCUCUGCAGAAGGGGGUGCUCUGCCGCCGCCACCAGGAGCUCGCCGACCGCCCUGCCCUCGCCGGCGACAUUGAAGCACACCGCGUGAGGGCGCCCCUGUCCACUGGUGCAUUUCUUGACGUCGAAGUGCGCCUGGCCGGCUUCGGAAACUGGCAACCAGCUUGCACCGUCCCCGAUUCGACCGUGCAGGCGUAUUUCGCCCGGAACGCCGAGCAGGUCAUCCAAGAGCGCAAGCGCCAGCGUCAAGAGCGCAGGGACUUUCUCCGGCGGCAACCGCGCCUGGUCCUGGGCGACUGGGCUUCUGGGCACGCCAAGGCCAAGUGCCCCUGCAAGACGCACAAGGAGUCCGUCUCGGCCAUCCGCGCGGCAAGUCGGUCGGCAGGGUUCCUAGCCGCAGUCUCAGAGAGUGGCGUGGUCGGUGCUCUUGAAGAGGUGAUCACUGCUGAGACGCUGUCCCAGCGCUACUGCUUUUUGGCCGACGUGGCCACUGCUGUUCCAGAGCUCAAGACGCUCGUGCACGACGACGCGUGCCAUGUGCGCUUGUUCGCCAAGGGCAGGGCGGAGGGCGCGCCGCCCGGCAGCUUGGCCGCUCGUCUUGGGCACUUCCGGUACAUCGUCGACCGGCCGCACAGCAAAGGGCACGUCGACGCCACGUGCAGGGCGGAGUGCUUCCCAGACGUGCCCGCGAAUGCUGCCGCCCUGGGUGACUUCCCAACGCCGAUAUGCGAGUCUGUCAACGCGCAGCUCUCGCCCUUGGCCCACACCGUCCACCACAUGAGGCGCUGGGUCUGUGAUUUCAUCGUGGGCGAAUGCGUGGACGUCCACAAUGAGUUGCGCGCCUGGGAAGCAGCGCGCGGGGCUGCCAGGGCGGCCCGGAAAGCGGCCCGGCAAGACCGCGCGCCUGCACCCCGCCUGGUGCCCGCGGGGAUUCCCGCCGCGGGCGCGCCGGCCGCGGGCGCGGCCCCGGGCGCGGCGCCGGCGGCCGCGGGCGCGGCCCCCGAGGCGACACACCCGCCCAUAGUGCGUCGCAAACUCAGGCCGGUGUGGGCGGCUGCCGCCGCUGACGGUGACAAAUUCUUUGAAUGCCAGGCGUUUUACAAAGGGCGCCCUGCGAACCCAAUGGCAUUCGCAUGCCCUGGGGCCCGGGUCAUCUUCGGCACGGAUACCGCCGCCGGAGUCGCGGUCUGCGCGGGGCGUGCGGAGCGCGGCUGCAAUGCCGAUGACGCGCAGCGCCUGGUGCGCGCGGUUCCGGCGCGCCUUCGAGACGAGCUGACCGCGUUUCUCGCCCCAGCUCUCUCGUUCGACGUCCUGCGCAUGAGCGCUGUCUUCGAUCUCCGCCCCUUGAAUUUGACGUGGCCCGCGCUGGAGGAGGCUCUGGGCGCGCAGCCCGUCAAGCAGAAUCAGGGCUUUCCGCGCUUCCGCGGCAGCGAUGUAAACGCGCGUCUGGACGCGCUCUGUCGGCGACCCGGCGCCAUCGCCCGGCGGCCGCCCCCGGCGGCGCGGCCCGUUUAA